GUACUUUCGGUACAAGGUUUCAUCUGCUGCCGGCGUUUCACGAGCCCAUUUUCUAUUCCGCCUUUGGUCCAAUGGAUCUGGGCCUCUCACAAUUCCUGGACUCUCUUGAGAGUUCUCGUUUAUGAGUGAACGGAGUUAGACGAACGAAAGAGCUCUCCGUUUAGUUUUGUGAGUGGCAAAGAAAUGAAUAACAAUUAGGCGCAUUGCUUGCAACAGAAGAGUAACAUCUAAGAAAAAUCUAAAAACAGAUGAUAAGUAAGUGAUGACUGCCAACGUUGGAUCUGUCAUCGUUCCCUCACUACUUAUCCAAAGCAUAUUGAUUAUGAAUCAAACCCAACAACCUCCAAAUCUAACCACCUCGGGGAUUCCUUUGGAGAAUCUCACACCUUUAGGGACCAAUCUUCCCUUUGAUUUGGGAGGCAUGGAAUUCUCUUCUCUAGAACGCUUGAUACUCCUCACCUACGUCAUUACCAUCAUCAUCUUCACUAUCGUAUCCAAUGCUUUUGUGAUCUAUGCCGUGACCCACCACAAUUCUCUGAAGAUCAUUCCCAAUUACUUCUUGGUGUCCCUUUCCUGUACGGACAUUCUCAUGGCAACAGUGGUAAUGCCCGUGGCCCUUCAGUACAACCUAGAAGGAGUUUGGCACUACGGAGUGCUCCCUUGUAAGACCUGGGUAUUCGCCUCGUACUUUUCUGUGGCUUCUUCGAUCUUUCAUUUAUGCGCCAUUGCCAUUGAUCGCUAUCGGGCUAUCACGGAUCCGUUCGGUUAUGGCAGCAAACGCACCUUGCGCCAUCUCCUUACCAUCGUUACCUUCGUGUGGAGCUUGAGUUUCGUUGUGGUUUCACCGCCCUACUUUGGUUGGGGAAUAUCAUGGCCAGAUCGUUUUGAUGAACUCACCCCUUGCACUAUUCCUCAGAGCAGCACCUACGCGAUCUAUUCGUCGGUGAUGUGCUUCUAUAUUCCAUUGAUCAUCAUCGUUGGCAUUUAUAUCAAACUCUUCAUGAUUGGACGGAAACGCUUCAGACAGAAGAUUCGCCGAGCCUUUGAAUUGGUGGAGAUCCACGAAUUCACCAGGACUAACACGGAUCGACACUCCCCUGAAGAUCACACCCUUGGGCGGUUCAAAGAACAUCCCACAGCCAUGUCCGAAGGUUUUGUGGAAAAUACCGUACCCAAAGAGUACAAUUUGGACCGUCGUAAAUCCCUCAGUAUCCCCGAGGAACAACGGAUCGUGAAACACAUUGUUCAAGGCAGUAAACGACGUCAAUUACUUCCUGCCAUGCUCUUCAAAAUGGAGCCAAACAUCAAUCCCUCAGAGGAGAAAAUUGCUUGCUCGCGUUGCUCGGGUAUGAUCCCCAAAAAGCAAGGGAGGGUUUGCAAAUUGUGCUCAGCUCCGAAUAACUUGGUAACAGCGGCUGAGAACUCGCGUUUGGCUAUUCUUCUCCAAAGAGAGAAGCGAUCUGUCUUCAUCAUGACCAUCAUCAUAUUCACUUUCAUCCUUUGCUGGAUGCCUGCUUUUUCAUUGUAUUUGGUUUUGGCCAUCUUCCCUCAAUACGUCCAACUCAUCAAUACCAAACUGAUCACAAUGGUUUGGUGGAUGGCAUACUCAAAUUCUGCGUGUAAUCCAAUAAUUUAUACUAUAUUUAACAAAGAUUUCAACGAUGCUUUCUUCAAGCUCAUAAGAAAGUUCCAUUGCUUCAUCUGCAAUCUCAAUGGACCAUCAGAAGUGUGAGAACAAAUUUCCAGAUCUCAGUAACGAUAUCCUUUACUUCAAUAUUCCCACCGACAGCCAAUAUGUUACGGCUACAUUUGUGUGCCAAUUCAAAUGCUCUGUUACCAACUGCUUUAUUAUCUACUCGUCAAAACAUAUCAAAGUUUGUAUUUUAUUCUAUGACAAAUAAAUCCGCUAUAGCUGUU